AUGAAUCUUUCGCCAUGGCUGCUCUUUCAUCUCCUUGCCUUCGUAGUCUCUUCUUCUUCUGCGAGCCGUUACAUAAUUCAAGUGGAGGAGCCGAUUGAGCCGCUGACGGGAUCGAGCCUGAAGAGCUGGCAUGAGUCUUUCUUGCCGUCGGCCGUCGAGGAGUCUGGUGCCAAUCGGCGGCUGCUACACUCCUACAGCGAAGUCUUCAGCGGGUUCGCUGCCGUACUAACGGAGGAGGAGCUGCAGGCGGUGGAGAAGAAGAAGGGUUUCGUGCGUGCACUCCCCGAUCGAGUGCUGCGCCUGAUGACCACCCACACGCCAGAUUUCCUCAGGCUCGAGAUCGGGAAGAAGGGGUUGUGGGAAGACACGAAGCUUGGGAGCGGAGUCAUCAUCGGAGUCCUCGACACUGGCGUGACGCCCGGUCACCCUUCUUUCGAUGAUGAGGGGGUCCCGCCUCCGCCCUCUAAGUGGAAGGGCUCGUGCGAUCUCGAGACCGGUUGCAACAACAAGCUCAUCGGCGCCAGGUCGAUGCUCUUUGACUUGGGUCAGAGUCCUCCCAUUGACGAGAACGGCCACGGGACCCACACUUCCUCCACCGCCGCAGGUAAUUUCGUCCGAAAUGUGAGCUACUACGGCUUGGCCAAUGGCACGGCCGCUGGGAUGGCCCCUCGGGCUCACCUCGCCAUCUACCAGGUCUGCUCCGGCAAUGGCAAUUGCAAUCCCUCCGACAUCCUCGCCGGGUUGGACGAAGCUGUCAAGGACGGCGUCGACAUCAUCUCUUUCUCGAUCAGCAGUGGUUCCACGCCUCUCAAUCGAGAUCCUAUCGCCAUCGGUUCGUUCGAGGCGGCCAGGAAGGGCAUCUUUGUUAGCUGCGCCGGCAGCAACUAUGGACCUGACUACUUCACCCUCUCCAACGAGGCGCCGUGGAUGCUCACUGUCGCAGCCAGCAGCGUCGACCGAAGCUUUAGUGCCUUCGUGAAGCUUCCCAACGGGAAGGUGAUUCCCGGGGAGUCUUUGGACCAGCCGACCAACUUCACUAAAAGCUCUCUUCCCCUGUACUACACCGACGAGUGCCUCAGGAAUCCUCCCGAUGAUAGCCACAGGGGCAACGUCUGGGUCUGCAAGGCCACCGAAAGUGGUAGUCCCGAAUAUGUGGCGAAGAUCGUCAAGUCCCACGGUGCCAGUGCAUUGAUCUACAUUUCCUGGAAGGUUGACGGCGCCACCAUCCAGCUCUUUAAGCUGAACUUCCCCACAGUAGUGAUCGCCAACCAAGACGGCUCUGACCUUAUAUCAUAUUUGAACUCCUCCUCUAACCCCUCUGCGUCGAUCGUCUUCAACGGGACGGUUCUCGGGGUAUCACCCACCCCGGCCGUAGCUUACUUCUCCUCCCGGGGGCCGUCGCUGGCGACACCGAGCAUCCUUAAGCCAGACAUCUCUGGCCCGGGCCUUAACAUCUUCGCGGCCUGGAUUCCUUCGAUUGGCUCUCCUGAUUACAAGAUCAUCUCCGGCACAUCCAUGGCGACGCCUCACCUCAGUGGCGUCGCAGCGCUCUUAAAGGCCGCGCACCCUACUUGGUCGUCGGCAGCUAUCAAGUCGGCUAUCGUCACCACUGCAAAUGCAGACGUCUAUGAUGAGUUGCUUAAGCCGGCGUUCCAUUUCGUCAAGGGCGCAGGACAAGUCAAUCCUAACAAAGCUUCCGAUCCCGGCCUUAUUUACGACAUCACUGACGAUGACUACAUCUCCUACAUCUGCGGCAAAUUCGGUGGCGAAGGCGCCAAAACAAUAGUGCGUGGAAUCGUGGACUGCUCUAAGUUCAAGAACUUGACGGAAGCGGAGCUCAACUACCCGUCGAUUCUGUUGUCCCCUAAAGGCGAGGAGAUGGUCAAUGUAAGUCGGACGGUCACGAAUGUCGGACCGGCGAGAUUGAGCUACAAGGUGUCGGUGACCAUAUCGGACCCUGCCGCAGCGGCUACUGUCACCCCCGAGACAUUGACGUUCACUGAGUUGAACGAGCAGAAGUCGUUCAGCGUGAGCGCGAAAUGGGCUGCCGGCGGACCUCCCAGUACUGGCAAUCAAUUCGUGGACGGAAAGUUAACUUGGACCUCCGAUGAUGGUAAGUAUGUAGUGACGAGCCCAUUGGUCAUCUCCGUCAUGGAGCCUUAG